AUGGGUCGCGAUCGAAGUCGCAGCAGAGGAUCUCGAAGGAGCAGAAGUCCAAGGUAAGUUAUAGGGGAGUUCUUAUAUUUUAGGUAUUAAAUCGGCCAAAAACUAAUAAUAUUUAUAUUGAUAAUAAUAUUUUUUGAUAUUUUUAUGGCAAAAUAGGAAUAUAAACACUAUAAUAUUUCGAUUUUUCAGUGCUUCUUCUGACGAUGGUUCCAAAGAGUUGUGGAGGGUUGUGAAGGAUGAUCCUUAUUCGUUCGAAGGAUGGACAAAAUUGUUACAAUUUGUCGAACAAAAAGAUGAUAUGGAGCAAGCGGAAAAUGCAUACGAAUCGUUUUUGAAGAAGUAUCCGUUUUGUUAUGGAUACUGGAGGAAGUACGCCGAGAUGCAGAAGCGGCACAAACGAUUUGAAAAGGCGUUAAACGUAAGCGUUUGGUAUUUUGUUGGUUUUUAGGUAACAACGUAAUUUUUACAAUAAAAAGAGUAAAUUAUGUCUAGUUCAAUAUUUGAAUAACUAUGUUCUUUAUAAAAACAUGUAAUUUUAGGUAUAUGAACGUGGUCUACACGAAAUCUCUUUGAGUGUUGAUUUGUGGUUGAGCUAUAUUAAUUACAUCAAAGAAAUUGCACAAGGACAACGUCAAGCGGACGCUAAAAUUAGAGCGUAAGUCUUAACUAACUCUUUAUAUUAUGCUAUACAAGGAUUAUUUGUAAUUAUUUGAGUAUCUAUAAUUAAAAUAGUUAAGUUUUCAAUUGACAAAUACUAUAUUUUAUCUUUUAGCAUUUACUUGCGAGCAUUGGAAGCAUGUGGCAUGGAAUUUCGCUCAGACAAACUCUGGACACAGUACAUUGAAUGGGAGAUUGAGAACAAAGAAUACGCGAAGGCUAGCCAGGUCUACGACAUUGUUUUAUCAACACCUACUCAAGGUUAUAUUGGCCAUUUUGAUAGAUAUCGCAAGUUUAUUGAUGAAAGAGAGCCGGAUGAGGUUCUGAGUACAGAAGAGUACGAAGCCAUCACUGACAAGUUAUAUGACAAGAUCAAGAACGAGUUGGAUGGAGCUCCGUUGUUUGUGAUCGAAGAGUUUGAAGAAGACUUGACUGACGAUGAGGGCAUGGACGAUUCUCAAGGGAAAAGGCUUAUUACAAAGAGGAAACAUAUGCCAGUAGCUUUGAGCGCUUACAGAGACGAGAUUAUGGUCAGAAGGACAAAGUUACACUUGGCAAACGAGACUGAGGUCAACAAGAGGUUGAAGUACGAACUUGCGGUAAGUUUGACAUUUAAGAAUUAUAUAGUAAAGAAGACGUGUAAGGAAAAGCUACUAUAAUAUAUUUUUUUUGAGGGUUUUGUUUUCUUUUAAAGGCUCGCCCGAUUAACCCAUACUAUAUUAUAAUAUUUCAGAUCAAGCGGCCUUACUUUCACGUGAAGCCUUUGGAGAGAGAACAACUUAACAACUGGUACAAGUAUAUUGAAUUUGAAAUUGCUGAAAAGAAGAGGAAGCGUAUUCAGAUGUUGUUUGAAAGAUGUGUCAUUGCUUGUGCUUUGUACGAGGAGAUGUGGGUACAGGUAAGCUUGAAUUUUUGUUUUGUCAACUUUUUGACAUAUUUUUAUUUUUUAUAAAAAGCUUUGAAGUUUUUGGCAUUUUUUUGAAAAGACUUGUUGAAAGUUAUCUUUUCUGACACUUUAACUACGUUUUGCUCAUAAUUGUUUUAGUACGCGACAUAUUUGGACUCUGUGAAGGAUACUGAAGGUGCUCGCGACGUUUUCAAACGAGCGGCCGAAGUCCACUGCUCCAAAAAGCCGGGAAUUCACUUAGCAUACAGUCUGUUCGAAGAGAAACAUGGUAAUCACAGAUCUAUAUUGUUAUAUACAUAUCUAAUGUUUGUGUUACGGUUAUUUUUAUUAUCUGAAAAAGUUUUCGAAACAAAGCCGGUGGAGUUUGUUUGAUUAUAAGAGGGAGGGGUUUAUUUGUGGCAGUAUUUUGGUUUUACAAGUGCAAAAGUUAAAAAUCAACUGCUGACGUUUUUUUUGGAAGAAGUUAUAGUCGGUACUGAGAUUUUAUUUAAUGUGAUCAACUGUACUUAUCAGGUUUAUGUAAAAAAGGUGUUUUGGCAGUAAAAUUGUGAAAAAAAACUUUACUGUUGUUUUUGCAUAUACUUCGUAUGAGGAGUACUGUAGAUUGCAUGAGAUCAAGCUGAUAACCCUGUAAAACGUAUGUAAAUGCGACAAACGAUGGCUUGUGCUCCGUUGUUAUCUGAUUAUUGUACAUCUACCGUACAAUCACAGCUAUUGGUAUUUUAUCGCAUUUCAGCGAUGCUACCUUAACUAAAUUAGUAUGAUUAAAGUUGGAAAAAUUGGAAAUAUUUUUAAAAGUUUUAAAUUUGAAAGCCAAAAACAUAAAAUAUGACAUUUUAGGGGACUCAAGCACAGCAACAGCCAUCUUGUACGACUUUGACAGGAGAUGUCCUGGAUAUGCGGCCAUAAACUUGAGAAAGAUCAACGUUAGUCGAAGAAAGAAUGGCAGAGAUAAGAACCCUGACUACUCAUCGACCGUCUCCAAGUUCGAAAAGUUGAUGAAUGAACCUGGAAACUCGAGGAGAGUGUCGUCGUUCUAUGCUAUGAAGUUGGCGAGGAUUCAUCUGAAGCUAAAACACGACAGGAAGGCGGCCGAAAAGGUUGUUAAGGAGGCCAUUUCUAGGGAUAAGGUAAGAGCUGGGCUUGUUUUUAUUGGGAUAUAAUUUUGAUAUCUUUAUCGCUUAAGUUUACUUUUGUAAUGUUCUCUCUUGUAGUUUAAAAUAUAAAUUGUUGUAGCUUCAGUACAAUACAAUGUCUUAUGUCUUAUACUCUUCUUUUCAGGAUAACCUCCAGCUCUACAUGACUCUAGUUGACAUUGCCUUCAGCUCCAGCAGAUUCCACGAACGUGAAGUGUGUGACGCUUUUGAUUACGCGAUCGAAAGUCGGUAUCUGUCGCCGAAUCAGAAGUUUGUUUUCUCGCAACGCAAACUCGACUUCCUGGAGGAUCUGGGCAGUGAUGCAGGCAAGUUGCAAUCGCAUUACGUCGAACACCUCCGCCUCGAAAAGGACCUCAACGAACCCGCCCCAACCCUGUUCAGUAAUUUGAAACGCAAGGCAUCGUAUGAGUAAGUCGAGAUUUGUGGUCAGAAAGAACGGUAUGAGUAAUCAAAGGCUAGCUUUGGUUUGAAAACAUCGGAGUGUGUUGGUAUACGGGUUGGUAUUAAGAAUGGCAUGGAAUUCAGGCUUUGGAAGGGGAAAGACAAGAAAAGUUGGCAAAAAUGAUAAGAAAACCGCUAAAUUAAGCUUGAAAUGGGCUAUGAAAUCAAAAAAUGGCUAAAGAAAAAAUCACAAUUUAAAAAAAAGAUUUAAAAUAUUUUCAGCGAUGAAGAAAUUGACAAUAAACGAUCGAGGGAUACAACGGAUCUCAUUAAUACUAAUAACUCUUUUGUGAAGACUAUGGGUAAGUUACACUUCUAUGGUUAUUUUAAAGUUUUGGUAAUGAAAUUCUGAGAGUUGAUAUGAAAUUUAUAUUUUUUUGAAUCUGUAAAUGAACAUUUGGUUCUUUGUCUAUAAAAUGAUCAGGCUUUGAUACCGUCCUUACAAAAAUGUAAGACAACUUUCUCAAUUUCAGGCAACGGAGACGGCAACGGCGGCUACUACUCGCCGAAUCUGGAGCUGACCGGCCACGACAGCCAGCUGAAUACCCCCUCGUACACGGACACUCCAACGCAACUCUUCUGA